AUAACCUCAAAACAUUUAUAGUUAGAGGUUAUACGUACCUAAAUUAUUUAAUUAAACAUGCAAACAAAUGAACAUUGGUCCGUACGAACGUCAUUCCGAUGGGGGGGCUUCGCUGGAAGAGACAUUUUAUAUAAUAAUUUAUACUCUUUGUGCCUUAAUAAAAAUAUUAGUACCUACUUACUUGCUUACUUACUUAGAUAAUAAUUAUGUGUUAGUGAAAAAGUUAUACUUAUAUUACAAAAACUAAAAAGUUUAUUAUAUUUUUUAUAAAAUGGUUUAGUGACGAGAAACACUAACAAAAUAUUAUUCUGUAAUAGUGUUGAGUAAAAAAUUAUAAUGCAGCAACGACAUGAAAAAUAUAAAAAGUAGGACAUAAUAAUUGCCACCCGGUCAAAAAUCACGGCCGAGUGACCUACCUAUAGUCCAAAUUUUGUAUCAAUCUACCAACGUAUUUAAAACUAGGCAAAUAUGGCGCAGACAAUGUUCGGAGUAUGGGACUAUAUCAUUAUGAUUGCAACAAUGAUAGCAUCAAUUUUUAUUGGACUUUAUUUUCGAUUCAGCGGAGGCAAACAAAAAACCAAUGAUGAAUAUCUCUUAGCAGAUCGCAACAUGUCAAUAUUCCCAGUGGCUGUUUCAUUAAUGGCGUCCUUUAUGUCUGCAAUUACACUCCUAGGCCUGUCGGCUGAAAACUAUUAUUUCGGAAUGCAAUUCGCCGUAAUAAACUUUGCCUACGGAAUCGCCACUCCUAUAGCCUCCAGCCUCUAUCUGCCAGUAUUUUUUGGACUACAGAAAACUAGUACUUACGAAUACUUAGAGUUACGUUUUGGACCUCAAAUAAGAAUGUUAGCGUCGUUAACGUAUACACUACAAAUGGUUUUAUACAAUGGCAUAGUUUUAUAUGCGCCGGCCAUCGUCUUGGAAUCUGUAACUGGAUUGGACAGACUGAUUUCUAUUCUAGUUGUUGGUUUAGCCUGUACGUUCUACUCAUCACUUGGAGGGAUGAAGGCAGUUCUCUUCACUGACCUGUUGCAAUCAUUUCUGAUGUUCGGAGCAGUGUUCAGUGUUGUUAUAUUUGCGUCAAUACAACUUGGAGGAUUUGAUCAAAUUUUUAUCAAAGCUCAAGACGGAGGGCGGUUAGAUUUUUCCAAUUUCAGCAUAGAUCCGACGGAGAGGCACACGUGGUGGUCACUUAUAAUCGGUGGCUGCAUCACUUAUCUAUCUCUAUAUGCCGUGAACCAUACACAGGUGCAGCGUCUUCUCACAGUGAGCACCUUGGAGCGUUCGCAGCAGUGUCUGUGGUGGAGCUGGCCUGUGCUAUCAGUCCUGAGCAUUGUCACCUGCAUAAGUGGCUUGAGCAUGUAUGCAGUAUAUAAAGAAUGUGAUCCGAUGGCCAACAAAAGUAUAACCUCGCCAGAUCAACUGAUGCCAUAUUACGUGGUGGACGCAAUGAAGUCAGCGCCAGGCCUUGCUGGGCUGUUCGUGGCGGGGAUAUUCAGCGCCUCUCUGUCCACCAUCUCUGCCUCUUGCAAUGCGUUGGCUGCUGUUACCUUGUCGGAUUAUGUAAGCAGGUGGUGUAGAAUAAAUCCGUCAUACAUACCAUGGCUUACCAAGUUAGCUGCGUGUGGUUUCGGCUUGGUAUUCCUCGCUUUGGCUUUCAUCGCCGAGCAUUUGGGAGGAGUGUUGCAAGCUUCUCUGACUAUAUUCGGAGCAGUUGGUGGACCUCUUUUUGGACUAUUCACACUGGGAAUGUUCACUACUUACGCGAAUGAACGGGGUGCAUCAGUGGCCCUUUUGAGCGGUAUGGCGAUAACGCUUUGGAUAAGUUUCGGAGGGCCUCGGCCCUUACCAGUCAGACUGCCUGUCAGUGUUCAAGGAUGUCCUUUAAAUGUGACCUUACCAGUGAUACCUCCUACACAGCCAAGCGAUUACUUCUACAUGUAUAGAAUCUCCUAUAUGUGGACAAGUCCAAUCGGUUUUGUCUGGGUUAUUGUCGUCGGGACCGUAGUGUCCCUACUGUGGAAGCAGGAGCAGCCUUGGCAGAAGGCAGGCCUGUCGCAUCCUGACCCCGCGCUGUUUACACCUCCUCUAGCUAAUAGGUUGAGAGCAAAAUAUCAAAAGAAAUUGAGCGUUCAAUGCGAGCUGCUCAAUCAAAACAGCCAAGAACAUUAGUGAUCAGAAAUCGUUAGUCGAGAAUGAGGCUCAAGAUAUUUAUUUAUAAGUAAAAAUGACAAUGUUCAUAUUGAACUGGUUAGGUACCCCUACCUACUUAUUUUUUAAGAAUUAGUUAAAUUGUUAUGAACGGUUCUGGUGUUUUUAGGGUUCCGUACCUCAAAAGAAAGAAAGAAACCCUUUUAUAGAAUCACUUCGUUGUCUUACUAUCUGUCUGUCAAGACCUGUCAAGGGAAUCAAAUUCAAUUUAGGGUAUUUCCUGUUUACCUAGAUUCAUAAAAUUUGGCUGACCUAGGUAGUAAUGUCUUAGAGCCCCAAAAGGGUAAUUAAUAUCCGAAAACAGAAUUUGUGGUUAACACUACAAAAAAAAUAAAAAGUGUU